AUGGAUUUUCGAGUUCUGCUUAUAAAUUUAUUCAAUCAAUUGGCAGAUAAUGAUCGUCAAGCAUUGCAUUUUGUUGUGGGUAAUAAAGUUCCACGUAAAGAUCGAGAUAAUUGUACACCUUCUGGUAGUUUAAAUCUUCUUGAUUGUCUUUUUGAUCGAAAUUUAAUUACUGGAGAAAAUUUUGAUUAUUUAAUUAAUGUAUUUGAACAAAUUAAUUGCAAUGAUGCUUCAGAACAGCUCAAAGAAUAUAAAUUGCGUACUAUAAAAACAUCGAUCGCUGAGCCAAUGUCAUCAACAUCAUUAUUAUUUGACGAAUCUGUAUUAGAUAUUGAAGAUGAUAAAAUGCGAAGUGUUUCUAAUGAUGUUUCAAGACAAUUUCAACAAUUAUCUUCCAUUUCUGAAGAACCACCAACUGUAUUAGAAAGCUCAAUGUUACGACCUAAUACAAAUACAUUUUCUGAAAAAACAUAUAAUAUCGAUGAACAUGAAAGGGAACAAUUGUCUUCAAUUACUUCAAAAAUAUUGAAUAAAAAGCAUAGUUUAUUUUCUCUAAUUUUAAUCAUUAUUACUAUCUUAUCUAUUAUAAUUUGCUUAAUUCUAUUUCGAUCUUUCUUCAUUGAAUCACCAAAAUUGAAUAAUGCGACAUCUAGGACCAUGGAGCAAAAGCUAUUUUAUAUCAUGAAAGAAGGAUUUCAAUACGGUUAUAAUAGUCUUAUUCAAAACGAAACGUUUAACGAUGCCAAAGAUCAUAAUCUAUCCUAUGGUGAUCAAUGUAUCGGUAUUGAAUUGAAAUGGUCUAUUAACACUCUGUUUUCUAUUCAAUUCUUAUAUUCAAACGAUCAAUCAUCAAGUUUACGUACUACCACUCAAAGCAAAGAAUUAUCUAGUCUCUCGUCUCCACUUUUAAGUAUCUUCAUGUUGAAUCCAAAUGAAAAAAUCAAUAAAAUAAAUUUAUAUCACAAUAUAAGUCGAAAAAAGUUUAAUAUAGUCGGUAUACAAUUUUAUACGACUAAUGGAAGAAAAACUAAUGUAUUUGGUUCAAAUGAUGGACAUUUUAUAACUGAAUCAUUUGAACAUUAUACAUUCGGGUAUGCUAAAGGUAGACAAGAAAAAGAAAAAGGAAUAGAAAUUAUUCAAUUUAUCUGGUUCAAACAAUCUUCCAUGAAAGAACAAAUAGCCACAGUGCCUCGUAAGAUGUUAGAAAUAUGUGAAUUCACCUUUAUUAGCCUUAAAGAUCUUAAAUUUGUACAUGCAAAAGGUAUUGAAUCUUCAUGGUACGAUCUUAAGCGUAAACUCAAUCGACAAGGUGCUGAAUGUGAUCCAACAGCAUCAUAUUACCAAAAAAAUAAUGAACGAGAACGAGGUCCUGAAUUCUUUGCCAUCGUUAACAAUACUUCAGUUUUCUAUCAUGAUAACGAUGAAUGGCUUAUAUAUCAUAGUGCAGCAAAUAUUAUAUGUAACCUAAUUCCAUGGUCUGAUAUGAAUCCACUAAAUGAACCAUAA